UGUUGAUUGACCGUAUUUGCCAGCGGGUCCAGUCUGAGGAUCCGAUGAACCUUCGUGUAACACUGCUUGCUCCGACGACCAGUCAAAGUGUUACACCUCCAUCAUGGGUCUACUCACGAUCAUUCGUAAGAGCAGGCAAAAAGAAAGGGAGAUGAGAAUUCUCUUCCUAGGAUUGGAUAAUGCUGGUAAGACAACCAUCCUAAAGAAGAUCAAUGGGGAAGACAUAUCCAGCGUGAGCCCCACGCUAGGAUUCAAUAUCAAGACAUUCAUUCACAGAAAUUACACUCUCAACAUUUGGGAUGUAGGCGGACAACGAACGCUUCGACCAUACUGGCGCAAUUACUUCGAACAAACAGAUGCCAUUGUUUGGGUGGUUGAUUCAGGGGACAGAAUGCGAAUGCGGGACUGCAGAGAAGAGCUACACAAUCUUCUCCUGGAAGAUCGGUUAUCUGGUGCUUCUCUUCUUGUCUUCGCAAACAAACAAGAUAUACACGGCUCGAUGUCAGAUCUUGAAAUCAGCGAGGCACUGGAUCUACCUGGGAUCAAAUCUCACAACUGGAAGAUUUGGUCGUGCAGUGCAGUCACUGGUCUUAAUUUGAUCCAAGGCCUGGACUGGGUCGUUGAAGAUGUAGCUCACAGGCUUUACUACAGCUCGACUAGUUUCGCGUAAUGUUUUUUCCAUCUCGCGCGCAAGAAAAUCUUGAAAACCUGCUU